AUGGUUUGUAAAAUUACUAUAAAAAGUAGAAAUAUAGAGAAAUUGAUUUAUAAUAAUAUUAUUGAAAUAAAUAAAAUGGAAUAUAUAUUCAAGUCUUAUAAGCAUAAGCAUUUAAUGCUGCUAAAAGAAAAAUGGGGAAAUGAAAUAAGUAAGUAUUUAUUAUAUUCCUUAAAUAAUGUUGAUACAAGGGUCGGAACAAAACAAAAUAAUAAAAAUAUAGAACCUGAUUUAUAUAUAAUAGAAAAUAAGGACAAUUUGAAUGACCCUAUUUAUGAAUUAAAUUAUUCUAAUAUAUUUAACAUGAUACAAUAUUCAUCAAUAUGUAUAAGUAUUUUUGUAAAUAAUAAUAAAAAUGAAACAAAGGAUAACAUUGUUGGGAUAAUUUCGAUAGAUCAUGAUUUGCUACCAGAUUUUGAAAAUGAAGAAAGCAAAUCUUAUUUGGGUGAUAAUAAAUUAGAGAAUACUAACUAUUUUGAUAAUGAAUUAAGUUUAGAUGAUUUUUAUUAUUCUUUAUCCUUAUACAUAAAAAAAUAUAAUAUUGUGUCUAACUUGAAUAGUAAUAAUACAUUAAUUAUAAAUUUGGUAAUAACAGAUAAUACAAAUUAUUAUGAUGAUUUAUUUUUUUAUUUAUUUAAUGAAUUUGAAGAUAUAUUUUUUAUUUUAAUUUUUUUGAAAACUGAAAAUAAUAUUGAAAAAAUGGAUAUAUCAAAAAAGGGAAUAAUAAUUGAUUUGGAUAAUUUGAAUUAUGACAAUGUAAAAACGAAAUCCAAUUUAAAAUAUAAUAAAAUAUUUAUAAUAAAUAAAAAUAUGUUUGUUAAUAAAAUAUAUAUUAGACCUACAACUAGUUCCGAUAUAUAUGAUUUACAUGAAUUGUUCAAAAAAUAUUUAUAUCAACCUGAAAAAGAAUCUAACAAAUAUUUAGUAUAUGAUAUAAUUGAAAACAAAACAGAAAAUGAUAUACUAAUCAGUAUUUUAAAUAGUAGAGAAAAAAUUGUAGGAUUUGUUUGGUUAAAAAAAAAUAUAGACAUUAAUAUUCUUGUUAAUUUAUAUAAUCUCAAAAAGUAUAAUUAUUUAAUUAAGCAAGACUUGUUUUCUUUGAUAUCCUCUUACCUCAUGCCUUAUAAAGAUGGAGAUAAACUUUUAAACAGAAUGAAAAAAAAAUAUUUAUUUGUAGAAUUUAAGCAGUAUAUAUUAAAGAGUAUAAAAAUAGAAUCUGUUGAAGAUUUAGAAAAAAAAUAUGAAAUUGAUAAUAAAAUUAUUUAUGAUUAUUUAAGUGAGCAUUUAAUUAAAGAUGUAGAUUCAUAUUUCGAAUAUUUUAAAAAUAAAAAUUUAAACAUAAGUAAUACCAUAAAAAAUAUAUAUAACAAAAUGCAGUAUGACUACGAAAAUAUAAAGAGUGAUGGUGAAGGAGGUUCUAUCAAUUUUUUUCAGCUGAACAAGUUAAUCAACUUGUAUGCCCAUAUAAGUUUUGCUGACAUUUCCAAAGUUAGCAAAACCUUUUAUGAUAAUUUUGAAAAAAUAGAGAUACUAUAUUUUAAUUUUAACAAUGAUAAGACAUAUAAAAAAAUAUAUGAAAAUAUAAAAAAGAAAAAAGAGGGACUAAAAUGUGAUGACUUAUCUGAGAAUAAUACAAGCAAAAUGAACAUUAUAAAGUUAAACUAUGAUAGUAGUGCUAGAAAAACAGAAAGUGAAUUCACAAAAGUUGUAAAUUUGUCAUAUUAUGAUAUAUUUCUUUUGUUGCAAAAUAUUUAUCCGGACAUUUUCAAAACGAAUGAAAUAAUACUGUUAUUUUUAUUUUUGGAUUUAUAUGAAAUAAUUUUAGUUACUGAAUCGACAAUAUUUGAUUGUGUUUCUUUCAAGACAUAUUUAGAUGAACUGAUAAAUAUAAACAAAAAUUAUUUUAUAUACAAAUAUAAGCAUAUAGACUGGUUAUCGAAUUUAUGUGACAGUGAAAAAAAUGCCUAUUCCCUAAAUUUGUUCGUUUUAAAUGAUAAGUAUUACAGUAAUUCAAAGGAUAUUUUGCUAAAGAUUGAGAAGAUAUUUUUUAAAGAAGUUGAUUAUAUAAUUGCUACAAACAAUGAGCGAGGAUAUAUUCCUUUCAUUUUGAAUUAUUUUAAUCGGAUUAAGAAGAAAAAAAAAGCAAAUACUUUAGAGUCAUUAUAUAUACUAAAUAAAUAUACUUUAUUUUUACCACCAUCAACAGAUUAUAUGAAAAUAAGUGAUAUAAAGGAUGUUCAAGAUUUUCUUAAAAGUUGUGACUUUGAUAAGAAGAAUGAAAUAUUUCACACAAUUUUAUCUCUAAAAGAGUAUUGCAAAAGUAAAUUGGAUACUGAUAAAAAUAUCUAUUCAUCAGACGAACAUAUUUGGGAGCUAAAUUUUUAUCGAGAGCAAAAUUAUUACAUAUUUGUGAGUCGGUCUGGAAACAACAUAAUUAAUGUGACAUCAGGACGUAUAUUGAAUAAUCUCGAUUUUUAUUAUAAAAAUAAAAUUUAUGACUUUAAAAAUAUUAUAGUACAAAAUGAAAAUAAAAAUACAAAGCAUUUUCUUAUGUCUUUUUUUUCCUCAAUCAUAAUUUUCAAAUAUUAUGACAAAGCCGUUAUUCACAACAUUUUACGACUAACGAAGGCGUGCUCGUGCCACGUCGAAAUGGACGACAACAAAUUUCGAGACGUAUAUAAGCACUUUAAAAUAUUGAGAAAAAAAAACAACAAAAUAAGCAUACUUAAAAAAAAAAACAUUUGUGAUAGUACAAAAUGUAUGGAAGUAAAUAAAGAAGGAGGAAAUAAAAAUAAGUACCUAAUUAUAACAAAACAAAUGUGCUCAAAAAAAAGUGUAAAUAUAGAUAAUAAUUUAGUUUUUUGGGGGUUGAAUGAUUUAUGUUUAUGUAUAUUAUAUAAAAUUCUUAAAAAUAAUGAAUACCUUUUUAAUAAUAUUAUUUUAAUAAUUAGAUAUAAAAAUAAAUAUUUAUGUAAAAAUGUAAUUGAUAAAUAUAAUAAUAUAAAAAAUAUAAGUCUUGAUCGAUUAACUAUUUAUAAUAAAUUAAAAAAUAUUAUGACUAAUGAUAGGAUCAAAAUAAUUUAUGAUAAUGUUUAUAGUAUUGAUAGAGAGAAUAAAAAACUUGAAUUAUCUCAAAAGAAAUGGAUAUAUUAUGAUUACCUAUUUUUAUGUUUUGACAAGGAAGAUAUAACAACCUAUUCCUUUGAUAUAGAUAGUUAUCAAAUUGGGAAGAAAAAAAAUUUUAACUUUUUAGAGCAAUCUCAUCAUUUACAUGAUAAAAACGGGAAGCUCGACUUUUUGGUCAAGGCCAAGGACUAUGAAAAAUAUGAAGAUGAGGAAAAUCGAGAAAGUGAUGAAACUAAUGAAUGUUUAGACAGAGACAAAGAUGGACAAGAAGAAAUAAACAACGGUGUGAAAAAAUAUAGAAAAAAAAAAAAUGAAAAAGGAUAUAAAAAUUAUAGAGAUAAUGGUGAUGAAUUAGAUAAUGAAAAAGAAAAGGAAAAUUAUACAUCCUCUGAAAGUUCUGAUAUAUAUGAUGAUCGAACUGAGCAGAAAAAUAAAAUAUUUCAAACCACUGAAAAUGGAGAAAAAAACAAUGAAAUUAGUAAAACUCAAAGGGGAAAAAAUUCUGAUAAAUAUAAAGGAAACGAUCCUGAAAUGGUUGUAAAAAAUGAAGGGGAAAAGGACUGUUCUAUACAGGAUUAUACAAACUAUUCAACCCCACCAUCAAGUUGUUUCGAUACUAGUGAGGAAAGCAGUGACAGUGUUAAAGAUAUAUCAACUAAUGGGAAACAAACAAAAAAUUUAGAACAAGAAAAUGGUGAAAUAAAGAAAGAAGAAGAAAAAAAAAAAAAAUCAAAAAAAAAUAAACGUUCGAUUAAUGGAGUAUUUAGUAUUAGUGAUCCUAUGAUUGAAAAACAUUUUGAUGAAAAAAGUGAAUAUAUGAAAAUUGUAAAAAAUUGUGUUAAUUAUAUUGUUAUAUAUAGUAACAAUUUAGAUAUUUUAAGUAUGGUUAAUUUUUUUUUAAAAAAUAAGAUAAGCACAUAUAAGCUAAUUAUUAUCUGUCCAUAUAGCUGUAAUAAAUGUGAUAGAGAAAUGAAAAGAGACAAUAAACAAAAUGACGGAGGAAAUAUAAAAGAUUAUAUUUUCAAAGAACGAGGAUAUUAUAAAAAUAAAGAACAUUUAAAAAAUAAUUAUAUAUUUUUAAAUAAUACAAAUUAUAGUAAUAAUUAUUAUCAUAAAAAUUAUGUAUUAAAAAAUAUAAAAUAUGUAUUAAAUAAAAUAUUCUUUUUAUUUCAUCUUUUAAAAAUACGAAUAAUUUAUGGAAAAAUUAUUGCAAUUAAAAAAAAUAAAGACAACAAACUAAAGAAUAUUAUUGUCCAUUUUUGUAAACAUAAAAAAACCGAUCAAUCAUUUAUUAAUUCAAAAAAUGAGCUUUUAAAAAAUGUUAUAUUACUACCAUGUCAAAUACUUUUAUCUUCCUACAACUUUGAUAUGAACAAUCAUGUUAAUUAUAUUCUUAGAAAGUCAUCAAUAGUUUAUAAUAAAAAAAUAUGUCUUAAUCAUAAUUUUCAGACUAAUGACAAAUUCAUUUUCAGUGGUGGCGAUCUGUGUGCAUUUUCAAACAAAUACAGGAUUAGCAAAAACAGUGAAUUAAAUCAUGAAUAUUACAAUAGUGUUGAAAUUGGAAAGUUGGCUAGUAGACAAAUUUUAAAAAUAGUUAUAGACAAAUAUAGAAUACCCUAUAAUGUACUUAAAUUGAAAAAUAAAAACAAACAAAUAGAGAAAUAUGAAAAAAAUGGUAGUAAAACACAAGAGAAAAACAUAUUGGAGACCGAUAAACCAUUUAUGGAAAAAAUACAAGACAAAGAAAAUGAAUGUGACGAUAUUUUUUACCAUUAUAAAAAAUUAAAAGUUUUUGAAAAGCCAUUUGUUUAUUUUAAUAAACUUCCUUGUGAUUUUUAUUUUUAUUACUUUCAAGCUUCAAAUGGUGAUUUAUGUAAAUAUAAUAAUUGGCUAGCACCACAAACUGGUGAAGAAAAUAUCAAGCCAAAUAAUAAUGACAAAAAUGAUAAUUCUGAAGAAAUAAAAAAAAUAUAUAAUAAUGCAUUUUGUACUGAUACCUUAAAAAUAAGUAUAAAAAAUGAACCAGAAUUAAAUGAAAAAUUUAAUGUAAAAUAUUUUGAUAUAUCAAAAAAUAUACAAGCUCAAGGGUACUAUUGCCGAAUUACAACAAACUCACUAAACAUGAUAAAUUCGUUUACUUAUUUGGGACGAGAAAAACUAAACUUUUAUAAUUUGAGUAAUCUUUGCAAUUUGUCUAUAAAUUAUUUUUAUACUAUUGUUAAAAAAAUAAAAAAUUGUACUUCCCCCAAUUAUGAUAUACUUAGCAUGAUGAACGAAGAGAGGGAGCAAUUUAUUUUUUAUUACAAAUUUCAAGAAUAUAAAACUAAACUAAAAGAAAAAAUAAUUAACACUCCACAUAUGAAAAAGUCUAUAGAACUGUUGAUCAAGGAUAUCUAUGACAAAGAUUUAUUGAAGAAUUAUUUCGAAGGUGAAAAUAUAAAUGCAGAAAAUAAUGAUGUGUGUAAACAUAUUAAGCAAAAUGUUCAAAUACAUUUAACAGAUUAUAUAAAAAGAAAUAGAGAUUUAUUAAAUGGUUAUUACAUACCUACAUGUGAUUAUUGGCAUGCCCAAUGCUCCCCCAAAAAUAACUAA